GAACGCAGCAUGACGCCGCCUGUGGUGGCUCAUUACACUAUCAACCGGAGUGGCAGCGGACAGAAGAGAGGGGAUCCCCGGGAUUUUUUUUUACGCCGAAGCCAGCGCAACACUAACAUCAAAACAUCUGAAAAAUCGCAAGUGUGGGGGGGGGAAACUCGGUCAAGCUCCUCCUAGACUUCAUCAAGUGACGUACUGAACGGUGAGCCGUGAAGUCCGCCUUCGAGUCGGUUCUCCGUGUUGUUGAGGGAACCUUAACGAGAACAUCGGGUGAGAGCAGCCAUGUCAGAGGAGGCAGUGCGUCUAACGCGCAGCCAGAAGCGGGCUCUGGAGAAGGACCAUGCGGCGUCCCCGGACCCCCUGGAGGACAUGGAAAGCAAACGGGUGAAGCUGGAGAAAGGCGACGCGGCCGAAGCUCCCCUGGCCCCGGUGGGAUCUGGACCCGAGGCCGUCAAGCUAACGAGUGAGCACGCCGCCAAGAUGGCGGCCAGCAUCAUGAAAACCGGGGAGGUGAAGGCCACCAUCAAGGUGGAGGUGCAGACUGGAGACGAGCCCGUUGACAUGAGCACAUCCAAAAGCGACAUUAAGAGCGAGCGGCAGCCACCGUCGCCGGAUGACGUGAUCGUGUUGUCCGACAAUGAGCCAUCCAGUCCUCUCAUGAACGGCCACUGCUUCUCGAAGACUGACACGGAUAAACUUAUGAAGAGCUCUCCUGAGGAGAGGGAGCGCAUCAUCAAACAGCUGCAGGAGGAACUGAGACUCCAAGAGGCCAAGCUGGUGCUGCUCAAGAAGCUACGACAGAGCCAGAUUCAGAAGGAAUCUGUACAGAAGUCGACCGGCUCUGUAGCCACCCCUCCUCCUCUGGUGAGAGGUAGCAUCACAUCAAGCAAAGGUCCCCUCCAGGUGAUGGGUCGAAGCUCGGGCACGGUGAUCCCUCCUCCUUUGGUGCGGGGUGGGCAACACAUGCCGUCCAAACACAACUCCCAGAUUGUCAUGCCACCCCUGGUCAGAGGGGCCCAGCCCAUUGCGGUGACUCCCCAGCAGAUAGCCAGUCUACGACUGCAACAGCAUCAGCACAGCGGUUCAGGCCCCCCUCCACUGCUGCUGGCCCCCAGGGCUUCUGUGCCCAAUGUCCAGAUCCAGGGCCAGAGGAUCAUUCAGCAGGGACUCAUCCGGGUGGCUAAUGUGGCCAACAGUAAUCUCAUGGUCAACGUCCCUCAGGCCUCUCCAACCAGCCUCAAAGGCUCUUCGGUGUCGCCCAACUCCAACAUCAACGACUCCCCGGCCAGCCGCCAGGCGGCUGCUAAGCUCGCGCUGCGUAAGCAGCUGGAGAAGACGCUGCUGGAGAUCCCUCCCCCGAAGCCUCCUGCCCCGGAGUUCAACUUCCUGCCUUCAGCAGCCAAUAAUGAGUUCAUCUACUUGUUGGGGCUCGAGGAGGUGGUGCAAAAACUUCUGGAGAUGCACGGCAGGGUAGGUAAUCUGGGCCCGGCAGCUGCCAUCGCCAGCGCCAUUCCCAAAGAGCCAUACACCUGCGCCCAGUGCAAGACAGACUUUACCUCCCGCUGGAGAAAGGAGAAGCCCGGGACCAUCCUCUGUGACCAAUGCAUGUCGUCCAAUCAGAAGAAGGCCCUGAAGGCCGAGCACACCAAUCGGCUGAAGGCGGCCUUUGUGAAGGCACUCCAACAGGAGCAGGAGAUCGAGCAGCGUAUCCUCCAGCAGGCGGCCUCCUCUUCAUCUUCCUCCCUCUCUAAAAGCUCCUCCUCUCCAUCACUGUCCAAGAGUGAGGUGCUGGUGUCCCAGCAGUACAAGCAUGUCCGGGCUGCUAUGCAGCACCGAUCCGUGUCUGGCCACCACUCCCACAAGCAGAGUCACCUGUCACACAACAUCCAGUCGAUGAGCGCCCGUGGUUUGGCCCACUCGUUCACCUCCUCCUCUCAGCUGCAGAGCGCGAUGGCGGCGGCCGCGGCGCUGGGCAGCCGGGCGGGUAAGCACGCGGCGGCGCGCCCGCUGCAGCACGGGGCAAAGGUCAGCGCCGGCAGCAGUAACCAGAGCAACGUGGCCGCCUGGAGGAAGCAGACCGGCGGCAACACAGGUGUGACCAUGGCCUACGUGAACCCCAGCUUGUCCGCCCACAAGACCACCUCCGCUGUGGAGCGCCAGCGGGAGUACCUGCUGGACAUGAUUCCCUCCCGUUCCAUCUCCCAAGCAGCCAACACAUGGAAAUAAUGCAAUCUUACUCCCUACUGACAUCAUAACUAUUACCCCUCCUAAUAUCAAUAACAGCCAUUCUCAUGAUCACUCUAAUCCUUUCUAUGGACUCUGGCUAAAAUCAUGCUGGGGGAAAAAAAAAAAAAUCUGCGUAGUUUCUUCAUCGUUGUUUUUUUUCCAGCUCUUCCUAAGAUAUUUCUGCUACCAUCAUUCUUACCCGAGUCCUUUGAGGUGGAGUCGUGCUUCGACAGCUCGGGCUCCUGCGAUCCAGAACAAGGAAUAUGAAUUUGGGUACCUUUUUUUUUUUUUUUUUUUUUUUUUUUUGAGGGUUGGGGGUGUACAUGGGCUCGUACAAUUUUACAAACUUCUCCGGCGAUGUGGCCUCUCCCUCCCUCCCUACUUCAUGUAAAUUGGUUCAACUUUCCUGUUUGCACCAAGACAAAUAAUCCCCAAAUUCCCCUGCCUCUGGAUUAGGCUGGGGGGUGGAAAACAAAACACAUAAAUAAUCACACAUUACACACACACACUCAAAUCUUCGCCUUACGUCCUUCCCCUCUCCAGUCUUGAGCCGGUCAGACUUCACUGAAGACCUCGACCACAGGGGAAUUGCGGUCGAGCUUCGAAGGACCAUCCACGAAAUAAUAACUGCUUCAGCUUCGCAUAAAAAAAACGAUUUUAAAAAUGGAGAAAGAAAACGGAAAAAAAAAAAAGGACUAAAAAAAUGAAUCCAAGAAUGAUCCAUCUGCACACAGACUUCCUCUUCUCCACGGCGUGUAUAGGAGAGAAGUGGAUAUGCGUGUGUUGGGUUAUUUAGUAUGGCUGAACGAUAGGAUUUUUUUUUGUCUUUUCAUCUGUGAGUCAUAUACUGUGUUUGGAAUAUUGUGCUCCCUGAUACUUUGGAAGUGGCCUCUUGUCGAGGUCUGAAUUCACAGGCUAAUGUUACUGUUGAGGUGGUUUUACAUCUGCUGGGUUCCAUGUCGUGGCCUACUUUUUAAAUACUUUGGUUUUUUUUUUUUCUAAAGAGGAAGAAUAAAGAUUACGGUUUCCACUAACUCGCGUAAAGACACGGGAGCGUAUGUUUUUGGAGGACUAUUCGUAUUGAAUAUUGUAAAAGGAAAUUAAAUAAAUAAAUGAAAUGUAAAAAAAAAAAAAAAAUUGUAAAAAAA